GCAAAGCUCGAAGGCGGCAGCAAGGGCAAGGAUGUGGAUGAAGCCAUGGAGAGGUGGCACGACCGUUCCUUGGGCCACCGGCUGUACGACGCCUUCACCGUAGCCGGCCUCCGUGUCGAGGCCAUCGAACCCGGCCGCCUCCUCUGCUCCUUCAUGGUCCCUCCUCGCCUCACGUCGAGCGCCAGCAACCGUAUGCACGGAGGCGCGGUGGCGUCGCUGGUGGACCUGGUGGACCUGGUGGGGUCUGCGGUGAUCUUCGCCGGCGGCUCGCCGGUGACGGGGGUCUCGCUGGAUAUCACCGUCUCCUACCUGGGCGCCGCCCGUGCAAACGAGGAGAUCGAGGUAGAGGCUCGGGUCCUCGGCAUCGGCGACAAGACGGGGUGCGUGACCGUGGAGGUGAGGAGGAAGGACACCGGCCAGGUGCUCGCGCACGGCCGCCACACCAAGUAUCUCGCCAACGUCUCCAGUAAACUCUGAGGGUCCUCCCUAUCAUGGAAGGGCCACAGUCUACACGCAUAAAACGGUUGUCUUUGCUAGCAAACUAUAUGUUGAUGAGAGAGGUUAUUCUACCAAGCACGGGAUAUUCCAUGCGUGGAUUAAUCGCUCGUCAUUGCUGUUAUAUUCGUGCUAGUGGUUAUCAAAAUUGAUCUUGUUUCAAAAUGUUU